GCCGAUUGCAUUUGUGUGCCUUGCGGUUCGAGAUUCAUGUAGGUCAGUGCGAUGUCGGUCGGCGUAAAUGCACCGGGGUGCGGCGCAGGGCACGCGAGCGACAGUCGACGGUAGUGGUUGACGGAGUCGUGGGACUAGUUGGAGUCGCGCAAUCGGGACUGAUCGAGAAUGCUCGCGGCUGACUGCCGCGCGAGAGAGCGAACGGGUGAUGGCGAGUAGCGAUGGUGGUAGUGUUGGGUGACGGUGGUGACGACCGCCGCAGAUUUUUUUAACGAAUGGCCCUGUCCGAGGUGCAUAAUUUGGCCGCGAUUACCGGCAGCAAUGCCUUCGCCAUUGGCAAGAAUAACGAGACCGAGCACGGUGGUGUCAAUAUGCUGGAAGUACCGCGGAAGGUUUACUCCAGGGAUGAAGUGCACGGCGUGGAGUACAAUCAGUGGGGUUAUGAUUUAACGGGUUGCGGCACAAAAAGAAACAUGAACGUCGAGGACGAGGACAGUCAAGAUUUAAACAAUCCCAUGGUCAAUGACUUGGUAUCGAAGAUCCUCGAUGAGGACCCUAUUACCAUUGAUACCUGUCAGAAUAGUUACAACAGCGGAGGUACUACUCAUUAUCAAACGGACUCUGCCAAUUCCUGCCGCAACCAGGCUCUCGUGGACAGGAUAAAAGCUAAUCUAGCUAAUACUGAUCAAACGGUCUUGCGUUAUCCGUUCAGCAUGGUACACGGCAUUCGCAAAGCUAAAAGAGAGUAUCAUAAUUCCAACAAUCUCUGCAAUGACUUGAAAACGUUGAAUCUCGGCACGUGCGUACAACAGUCCAUGGAACAGAGUAAUGCGUGCAGCAACGACAUGGUGUCAAACGCGUAUUCGUCUGAUCCACGUUCGCACGUGGUACACUCGAACGAUGGAGCGACUAUAUACACGAGCGGGAAUGGAAUGCCGCUGUGCAACGACCUAUUGACGACUACGAGCGGAGCGAGCUACGGUAAGCAGUCCGGCAACUGGACGGAACCCCUUUUAACCCCCUCAGUGGGAUGCCACAGCGAAUUGGUUGGGGGAGGACCCCCUACCUACUCGAGAAUAUCAAAUUGCGCUAAACCGGAUCUCAAUUUUAACGUCACCGCGCUGACUCUGGCUCUGGAUUCACCAAAUUCGAUUCCCAUCAGCGAACUCGAGUAUCACAACAGUAUGAGGCAGAGCACAUCGAACUCGUAUAGUAACACUAUGAUGAACAUGCAUGACGUGUACGGCGUUACCGGUAAUCCUAGUCAGGGUCCUGGCUACAGGCCCAACUCGGCGAUGACUGAUUUAAGCGUCGAUUCCGGCUUCUUGUCAAACUCACCGUUACAACACUUCUCGCCCGCCGACACGGCUCUACACACCUGUUUCGGGAGCGGCAUGCAGCGCAACGGCAUCGGUGAUUUCAAGGACGUUCACGAUAGCGCCGCUAGAUUAAAUAUGACGAAUAUUAGCAUACCCAACGAGCAAAUACAAUUCCUGCAGUCACAAGCUCGUAGCUACAAACUGGAUCAAGCUGUGGACCAAGAUUACAAAAACUUAAUUGAUUACUAUCCUCCUGGUACAAACAACUUUGUUGCAUCCUCGGCGAGUAAUUUAGACACGAACGAGAACGUUUGUUUCCCUAGUGAUUGUAGAAUCGAUAAUAGCUUAUUAAAGAUGAUCAAUCCGAAAUCAAAGUCCCUCGAAACCAAGACAUAUUCGCCGAUAGGUUUCCCAAAGAAUCUGAGCUCGCGCAAUUUGUAUCAGCCUAUCGCCAAGUACGGCUGUCACAAUUAUCAACAGUACACUGCCAACAGUGGCGACAGUUUGAAGAUACUGCAGCAAAAUUCCACAUUUUAUCACAACGACUUGAAGCAGCCUAAGGUCAACGCGUACAAACUCGACGGGUUCGACUUGACCAAGGAGAUCGCGUUUCCCUCGGGAGGUCACUUGACCGACCGCAUCGCGGGAUCCACGCUGGACAAGGAAGCCUUCAAUCAAAUUAUGAAACAACGACACCAUAUACCGAAGUUACAGAGCAUUCCAGCUGGAAUCCCACCGCCCGACAUCAUCUUUAACUCGGGGAUGAUAUCGGGGACGAAUACCGUAAGAUCGGGGGCAUUUCCAUCCGUGAUGCCAGUCCCCGUUCCCGUACCGGUUCACCCUGUUCCGCGACUGUUUUCCGCUCUCUAUGGCGGAAAUUUGAGCUUCAGGAACGGCAGUGGCGCGGCCAGGAAGACAGGCCCUUCGAGCAUAUUACAUUUUAAUCUCGAGCAAACGUACGAGCAAUUCAAACAGUUGGAAAAGGAGCGCAAGAAAUGCGAGGCCGGAUUGGCCGCGCAUUUCCCGGGGAAACGAGUGACCAGCGCGAACAACAUACCCAUCCCACGCCUUCAGGGAAAUCCAUCGAGGGUGGAUCGUUUGAUAAUCGAUUACCUGAGAGAACACGCUCGUGUUAUUACAUUGAUAGCAAAGAUGGAACGUUUACGCGGGACCACGAUGAAUCAACGCGUGCACAAAGCCAUGGAGUAUUGGCUGGAAGCUAUCAAGUACGUUCAGGAAUGUCGCAAACAGGAGAUUGCGAAUGCUAUUAAACGUCAAAAGGAAAAUCCACAUUGCAUUUUAGCAUACGAUGACAAUGAUAUUCUGACUUUGGCUGGAAGUGUCCACGAAUUAACGAAGGCGUCGCGAUACGCGCGGACCGGUAUGUAUAACGCACUUCAGGCUACGCUACUUUAUGACUUGGACAUAGAGAAGAAAGUCGUCGAGACUUCUAAGGACCCGGUCCUAGAGGCAAAAACCCACAGCGAAAGUCAAACGAAAGACGGAACCAACGAUUACACAAGCAAUACCUAGCAAACUUGCGCUGAAUCCACUUGGUAUCGCUCAUCUUAAAGUAAACUAAAAAAAAUCGAGAGUCCAGCAGCUUUUUACUUACGUACAGUAUUACGUUUUUGAAAAGCUUUUGCUGGUGUUUACGAUUAAUUUACUGUUGAAACAAAAUGCCGCCCAUUAAAUUCAAAACUUUCUCACUCGCGAUACACGAGGUAACACAUACGAAUGUGAAAGCGCGAAACGGACAUUUGGAAAAAAAAAAAAAACGCGUGCGACUUUUUACAGGUUAUUAAUAACUCCAUAGUUUUCUACCAUACGUAUUUUAAUGCUUACGACAGUAUAACCGA